AUGUCAGAAGGCCUCUACUCAGAAGAACUGAGGGCAGUGCCUCAGGACCAGCGACUACGGUCGGAAAGUCAAUGGAGAGUCUGGAUCGGCCACAUACGCUCAGCAGCUAUCUCUGAAGAUGUGUGGGACUAUCUGAAUCCAGAUCUUGCAGAAGAGAGCGUACGACAGGUUCCCGAGGCCGCCCGAGAGCCUCAACCUAGCAGUAUUCGCGAAGAUGUGGAGGAUGAGUUUGAACUCACAGAGAAGGAAUUUACCCAGUGGACUCGACGCAUUCAAGCCUAUGAUAGGCGUGAGGCUCAACGGGUGCGCCUGCUGAAGGUGAUGGCACGCAUGAACAGCCUAAUCACACGUUCUCUCGCAACCGAGUAUCACUAUCUCACAGUCGAUGAGGUUUCGCCGUAUCAGAAGCUUGUCAGGCUAGCUCGUGAAUUCAAGCCAAAGCCAGAGACCCGGACCGAAGAGCUUCGAGCUGCGUGGAGGGCCAUGAUCAAACAACCAACGAAUAACGUCAAUACAGAUCACUGGCUCACUCAGUGGACGAGUCUAUAUGAGGAAGCAAAGUGUGCAGAUGUGCCUGAUGUGGUAUACAGUGUCAAAUACGCUAUUCGAGACUUCCUGCGCGCUAUUCAGCCUAUAGAUGACGUAUUCUGUACCACGUGGCAGGAGAAAAUCCUCAUACACGAUAUAUCCUUCCACGACGUUAUCUCCGCAUACCGAACACGCCGUAAGGCUCUUGGACAGUCAGCGAAGAAGGGAUCGUCGAAGGUUGCACUUGCCACGCUAGAUGGUCAGCAUGAGGCUAAACCUGGUCAAAAUAAGUCAAAGCCAGCGGAGAAAACGUACCGUACACGGUGCCCGUGUGGUAAUGGUGCCCAUACGUAUCAGCAGUGCUAUUAUCUCAACAAAUCGCAGAGGCCAGAAGGCUGGAACCCGAACGAAGCUGUAGAGAAGAAGAUCCCUGAAUUCAUCAAGAGGAUGAGCCCCCAGGACCAGGAAGCCAUCGCAAAGCUUACCAAGGUCGAAUCAGCUCAGUUUGCAGCCUCAGAAGAUCAGCAGUCGUCCGAACAGAUUAUCUCUAUGUUUUCGCAUAAUCUUGCGGUACAAGCGGCGCAAGAGGGUGAUGAGUUUCCGCUAAAGGAUAGCUGGAUCGUCGAUACUGGCGCGAAUACUCACAUCAGCAACGAUCGUGACAGAUUCAUCUCAUUCACUCCUGCUGACUACACUGUCAUCACCGGAGACGCUUCUACAAGAAUCCAGGGCUUUGGAACGGUCAGACUGAACCUCACAGACCCCAAGACCGGAAAGAUCUCUAUCGGAGAGGUCUCGGACGUACGGUAUUCGCCAGGAUUCCACACGAACCUACUUUCGGCGUCGAGACUGAAGAGCAAGGGAUUCAUCAUGAAUAUCGAGUUACUGGCACUCGUUCGCCGCGGUCAGCCUAUUGCAAAGCUAGAGGAGAAAUGUGGGCUAUACGUACUCGAAUACCGGCCAAUUCCGGCUGGAUUCGCUACAAUCAAGCAUUCAGAAAAACCAUUAAUAUCCUCAGCCACCGCCGAGCGUUGGCAUCAACGCCUAGGUCAUAUGUAUGAUCAACGUAUCGAGAAACUUGCAGAACUCGUUGAUGGAAUCAAGAUCAUUGGUCAGCAUGUCGAUGAUGCUGCCGGCAAUCCUGAGAGAUGUGAAGUCUGUCAAAUGACUAGCGCAAAGCGCCAAAUCUCGAGAAGAGCUCAUGGAACCAAGUACGGCAGAUAUGGUCGAAUUCACUUUGACCUUGUGCAGAUAGAGACAGCAUACAACGAUGAUAAGUGGAUGACACACUUCUACCUCGAAGGGAUACGCCUACAUGCCGCCUCAACACACCAGAAGAAGAGUGGUUGUCAGGAUGCAGUCAAGAAUUUUGUCGCGUUUGCAAUAACACAAUUGAAGUUGCCAAUUCGAGCUUUCCGCUAUGACAACGAGCGCGCUGCCGGCCGCACGGUAGAAGACUUCCUCCGUGAAUGUGGCUUCAUCGUGGAACACAGUGUGGUGGGCACACCAGAGAUGAACAGCUUCGGUGAACGAUCUGGGGGGGUGAUAAUUGCGAGGGCACGAGCCUUACUGUUGGAAGCAGGCUUGCCGAAGGCUCUCUGGCCAGAAGCUGUUAAAGCAGCUGUAUAUAUCAUCAACAGAUCGCCCACUAAGCUUCCAAACGGUCAGUGGAUUAUUCCGUACGCUGAGGCAACAGGAAUCGAUCACAUGCAGCCAAAACAACGCAUCAACCUCUCAAAUCUGCGGUUAUACGGAUGCCGCGCUUACGUGCGCCGCCAAGAUAUUCCAAAGAGCCACAAGAUGGAGCCGCGCGCGGAUAUCGGAUAUCUAGUAGGCUACACAGCCUCGAACAUCUGGCGAGUGUGGUUUCCGCACAGAGGAGCCGUGCGAGAAGUCAGGGACGUAGUAUUCGACGAGAAUCUACGAUAUGACCCCAAAGAACUAGUAAAGCCACCCAUUAGCGACGUAAUCGAAGCUAUGCCAUGGGAAAUCGGUGAAGAUGAGCAUGAGGACAUCGAGCAGCUCACACAGCGUGUCAGCCAGCCAGAAACAAACGAGCCAGCUAGUGAAAGCACUCAGCAGUCACCAGAAGCUAUACCGGACGUUCAACGCCAAGAAAAUGCCUUUGAACCACCGAAAUCACCAGGCCAACCUCAGCAGACGGUCACGCCGUCUCUAACACCCUCGGCAGAGCCACAGCUUCUGCCGGCGCCUCAGGCGCAGCAACCAUCUCAAGGAGCAUUUCCCGGGGAUCGAGGGCCCGCACAACAUGAGACAGCACGUCCAAGAGCACCAAGAGAUAUUGUGGGAGAUGUAUCGGACCAAAACAUCGUCUCUGGAGCACGGAAGAGGAAACCAGUGGACCAGGCAUUUACCGCCGCGCUAGAAGAGCCAGAGGACUAUCAUGAAGGUGUGUUAGCAGCGUUCGCAACAGGACUAAACGCUCCUCACCUUCAUAACCUCGUGCACCGCGAUGAUCUGCCUUCAGAGCCUCAGAACUGGAAGGAAAUGAUCAAUCAUCAAUAUCACAAGGGAUUUCUUGCGGCUGCAGGCCUUGAAAUUGACACACUCACUCGUAAAAACACCUUCGAGGUAGUACAGCGUCCAACGGACCGCAGUAUUCAGAUCCUACCUCUCAAAUGGGUCUUCACCUACAAGUUUGAUAGCAAUGGGUUCCUGAGCAAGCUGAAAGCGAGACUAUGCGUGCGAGGAGAUCUCCAGCGGAUGACGGCAGAAGAAAAGUACUCAGCGACUCUCGCAGCGCGAACCGCGCGUGCUGUAUUCGCCCUAGUUGCUGCAUUCGAUCUGGACACAUAUCAAUAUGAUGCUGUCAACGCAUUCCUCAAUAGCCUACUAGAUGAGGUUGUAUACGUCUCAUUACCACCAGGGUUUGAGAAAGAUGGUAAGGCCAAGUGCUGGAAGCUUCUUAGAGCUCUAUACGGCCUACGAAAAUCUCCACGCCUAUGGCAACGAGAAGCGUCUAAGAUCUUCACAUCUCUAGGCUUGCAGGUAGUGCAGGAAGAUAUUUGCCUCUUCGCAGCGGACGGCAUCAUGGUGUUCUUCUAUGUUGACGAUAUCAUCAUUGUAAAUCAUUCUUCAAAGCAUGCAGCAGCCAAACAUCUGAGAGAAGAGCUCAACAGACACUGGGAGCUUCGAGAUAUGGGAGAGGCGCAGUGGUUCCUCGGGAUACGCAUUAUCCGUGACAGACAACAGAUGGCCCUAUGGCUCUGUCAGGAUUCAUAUAUAUCCUCGAUGGCUCACCGUUACCAUCUUACUGGAUCUCGCAGAUAUGAUACACCACUCCCUAGUACCCCACUCAAGCCAUUUGACGGCCAGGCGACGCCUCAACAGAUUCACGAGUACCAGGAGAAGGUUGGCUCAGCUCAAUAUGCAACGACGAUCACUAGACCGGACUCAGCGAAAGCGACGGCUACACUGGCUCAAUUCCUCACAAAUCCCGGUCCUCAGCACCUUGAUGCAAUCAAUAGAGUCAUCUCGUACCUUGACAGCACUCGGACAUCGGCGAUCGCGUACAGAGCGCGUGAUCGAUCACAGAAAAAUUGUCAGAUACCGGAGGCCGUUCAGUUCUUUAGUGACGCCUCAUUCGCUGAUAAUCCCGAUCGAAAAAGCUCUGAAGGAUACACAUGUAUGAUGUUUGGAGGACCUGUCGAUUGGAAAGCUGGCAAGCAGCGUACGGUGACUACCAGUACAACCGAAGCUGAGCUCCUUGCGGUUUCAGAAGCUGCCAGGACCGUGGCCAUGUGGAAACGGCUAUUCAAAGCAAUACGCUUUGAUCCUGAGCAUGAGCUAAACAUCAAAUGCGACAAUCAGCAGACUAUCGGGAUCCUCGAAAAAGAAACACCUCAACUGCGCACGAAGCUCCGUCAUGUUGACAUACACCAGCACUGGCUCCGGCAGGAGGUUCAGAGCAAGCGCAUCACCGUACACUGGGUGAAAACCGCCGAUAUGGUAGCUGAUGGUCUCACAAAGCUACUACCCCGCCAAAAGCAUCUCGAAUUCAUGCAAUCGAUGGUUUUAGAUUCGGACAAAAGCGUCGAUGCUGCUACAGCAACAGCUCUGGAUCAUGCUUUGGGCAAAGCUCAAGGAUGUCUAGUCAUGGUUCAGGACGCAGCAUCUCAGAAUCCCCAAAUUAUUGAAGUAGCGGAACGCCUUCGCAACCUGCUUCAGAACCUGAAAGAUCUCAACGCUAAGCAGUGGCGCUCCAUAGACGGUGAUGUUCUAUCCAAUGUCUUUUUACUCUUAUAUUGCUGCAUCAUGGAAUGCCGUGAGCUCCAGCCUACUCCGCUAGCAAUCUCGUCGCUAUGCCAUGGACUUGUCGCCAGCAAUUUGGCUCUGCAUGGUGUGCAUGGCGCAGCUUUGGUAAACCAGAACGACAAAACAUCGGUAUCUUCGCAGCAGCAGAGGGUCAUGAACGCCAUCGAAGAAGUAGGCAACAAAAAAUUCGAAAAUGCGAACGGAAUGAGCCUGACUAUAUAUAAUUUGCAGGCGAUUCUCAAUUCGAUGAAGGACACUCGUGAGCCGGAUUGUGCGACGGCCUUUGGCGACAUGCAUGUGAGCUUCGGCGGAGGGAACCGCGGUAUUCGAGCCGCUGAGUAUCGUGGAAGCAUGCACUUGACCUUUCCUCUCUAG